AUGAAUCUUAUGAUUGAGAGUGAACUGGAUAGCCAGUUUUACAAAUUGCGAGUGGAUCACCUAGAAGAAGACGAGAUCGAUUACGAGCUCGAUGUGAGAAACAUUCGGUUUGAACAGGGCGAUAACAUUUCGAGGAAAAAACGUUGCCUCAGAGAAACAUUGAAGUGUGGAAAAGACAAUCAAUCAUCAAUCACCAAAGUUUUCAAUCGUGAUCUUGAUCAGGAAACACAGAUUUGUGAAAACAAGUUGAGAAAGGUAGAAGAAGCUUGUUUUUACACUAGUUCUAGAAAGUUCCCCAUAAAUUUCUUUUCGACACUCUUACACUUGGGUUGUCGCAUCAAGUUGAUUAAGCAAAAUGCACCUGAAACUGCUACAGAUCAUCUGAACCAUCUUUUACAACGUGUCCUAUUUAUCAUUAACAAAUAUUUUCAAGGUAGCGGUGACGAUACUGACCAGAAUCCCAAAGCUGUGGAUGAAGGUCUUUCCGAUCUCUUCCGAAAAAGAGAAUCAGUCCAAGAAAGUGAACUAGUAACAGAGUCAGUGGCUGCAUCAGAACUCCGAACAGAAACCCAAGAUCCAUUUCUGGAUCAAGACCUUAUCAAUUCUUUAACCAGAUUAGGGCUUUUAGAAUCAGGGUCUCUGGAUAAGAAGAAUCUCCGAGACGGUUUGUUGAAUCUCGAAAGUGAAUUAUAUCAGUUGAGACGAAUGAAGGAUAAGGAAGCCGCGCCAAAGAAUCGAGGAAACGAUAAAACGAAUUAUCCAUCGAACGCAGUUCCGCGAAACAGUACCUUUUCGGAAACCGCGAAACAAGAUUUUGCUACGAAAACAACUGGAUUUCAGCCUACGAUGACGUCGGCUCAUGCGAUACUGCCGAUACCGAAUCCGAUCGUAACCGUACCGUUAAACGCUCAGAUGUUCCCGCCGACCGCGUCAUCUAGAUUCCCGGUACCUAUCACGAAUCCCCCGAUUUUCACCACAGGUACGCGUCCCAGUAUUUCGACCGAGUAUGUGCCGCAACUUCCGGUAUCACAACCAAGCGUGCCAUAUUGGCCACAGUAUUUAGCAAACUUACAAAACUUCACUCCUUACUCUCCUUGGCCAGUGCCAGGUAUGCCUUUCGCGGUUUCUUCCGGUCAUUACCCCUGCUCCGGCACUGGUUUGGCCAUGCCAUACGCACCUAGUAUGUACCCACCUGAGAUAAAAAUGAAUUCAAACCGAGAACCUUCGGAGGUUCCAAACCCGCUUCCGUCUACCAUAAGUCAGGAACUCGUGACAGAUCCCGUUCAGUCAGUAGCUAAUUCGUUUAAUUUAACACCUUCAAUGUCCCAACGCCACAACCUCAACAGUAGCACGACUAGUCUAGGUGACGGCAACGGAUAUGCCCGUGUGCGCUCACAUAAAUCACUUCCGGUAUCCAAAUGGAACCUGGACAAGUAUGCAGGGACCGACCAGGGCUUGAAGCUCAAUGAGUUUCUAAUGCUGGUGUCUCACUUAGCUCUUUCCGAAAGAACUCUAGAUGAUGAGCUCUUUGAUUCAGCGUUCCAUUUGUUCAGCGGUCCCGCGCUUAACUGGUACAUGUCCAUGCGAGCGGCGGGCCGAUUGAAUAAUUGGCAGCAUUUGAUAGCGGAAUUGCGAAAGGCGUUUGUUCAUCCUGAACUCGACUCACUUGUGCGUACUAGAAUCUACCAACGUCGUCAACAACGUAACGAGACGUUCCAGGAGUUCUACUACGACAUGGAGAGCAUGUUCAGGUCGAUGAACAAUCCCUUUAGCGAUUCAGAAAAGCUGGAUGUUCUGAAGAGGAACAUGAGAACCGACUACAAAAAACUGCUUUUGUGGAAGCCCACAAAUAGCUUGAUGGAGCUUCUAGAUGCAGGGCAUGUCAUAGACGCUUCGAACUUCUCGUUGUACAUGAAAGUUUUCGGAAAUGAAAAAUCUGUAAACGCGCUUUCGGAACAGAAAAAUACUAGCUGGCAGAAUAAGAAUUCUUACAACGGCAACCGGUCCCAGAAGAGAGACCUGGGCACUGAGAGGGAAUAUGGUACAGGGAAGUCGAAAGAAGCACCAGAUAAAACGAAGAAGGACUCGGAUAGGGGUCCGCGAUCAUCCAAUAAACCCAAAAGUCUGGAUCAUAAAGGAUCCGAUCCUCAACCAGGGCCUUCCAAACCAUCGCGAACACUAGAAUACCUAAUGACCGGUUUCACACCCCCUAGUCCUACCGAGUGCCUUAACUGUCGACAGACGAACCAUUCGCUCGAGUUCUGCGACCGAAAUUCGCCGGCCGCCCCACAACAGCGCGUAAACCAAUUAAAACUCGACCCCGCCCUCGCGGCAUUCUGGGAAGUAGUCCCCGGAAACUACUACGAGUCAGAUUCUAUCGAGAGUCUGCUCAUAUCAUUGAACACCUUCAACGACAACCGCCCCUACGCGAAGAUAAAAAUAUUCGGAAUCCCAUCGCAGGGACUUCUAGACUCGGGUAGCCAGCUUACCCUGAUAAGCAAAGGCAUCUAUUCUAAAUUUUCUAAAGUUAAGUUGAACUCGUUAUCCUGUCCCAUAACCGUGCGGUCAGCAAACGGUUCAAGUUUGAACGUACUAGGUCAACUAGACGUCCCCUAUCAUUUCGCGAAUCGUGAUAAAAUAAUACCCACUCUGGUCAUUGACAAAUUAACGGUACCAUGUAUAUUAGGCAUGGAUUUCUGGAACAAGUUCCAAAUAAGACCUACCGUACAAGAUUGUGCCGUAGUUGAAGCCAUCCGAUCGUCAGAGGAGCCGCCAAAGACAUGCUCUCUGUCGCUGGAGGAAUUAAACCAACUUGAUUCAAUCAAAAGCAUAUUUAAAAUCGCUAACUCGAAUGAGAUCCCCAUGACACACCUUACUGAACACCACAUCGAGAUAGCCGACGAGUGGAAAGGGAAGCCACCGGUGCGGCAGUAUCCCUACACUCUGUCUCCAAAGGUACACGAAAAAGUAUCACAGGAACUGAAACGCAUGCUCGAAUUGGGAAUCAUCGAGAGAGCCAGUUCAGAUUGGUCCUCAAAUGUGGUCCCCGUCAUUAAACCAUCGGGCAAGGUACGACUCUGUUUAGAUGCCAGAAAAAUUAAUGAGAGAACCGUACCCGACGCAUAUCCGCUGGCACACCCCGGCCGUAUUUUGGGACUGUUACCCAAAGCCCGGUACCUGAGCACAAUAGACUUGUCAGAGGCUUUCCUCCAAAUUCCAUUGGAGAAAGCCUCUCGACGUUUUACGGCGUUUAGUGUCCAGGGCCGAGGGAUGUUCCAAUUUUGCCGCCUUCCAUUUGGUCUCAGAAACAGUGCCCAAGAAUUAUCCCGCCUCAUGGACAAGAUCUUAGGACAUGGUGAGCUGGAGCCGAACGUCUUCGUUUACCUUGAUGAUAUCAUCAUUGUAACGGAGACGUUCGAGCACCAUACUCAGCUGCUUCGAGAAGUAGCGUCAAGAUUGACUCAGGCCAACCUUGCAAUCAAUUUGGAAAAAUCCAAGUUCGGGGUACCAGAACUUCCAUUUUUGGGGUACCUGCUUUCCACUGAGGGGCUUCGAGCUGACCCUGAGAAAAUCAGAGCAGUUAUUGACUAUGAAAGACCCACAACGAUAACCAAACUUCGCCGCUUUCUUGGCAUUGCAAAUUACUAUCGCCGCUUUAUCAGCGAUUUUAGCGGAAUCACGGCACCGCUAUCCGAUCUUCUGAAAACCAAAUCCAAAGUCUUGGGUUGGUCAGAUGAAGCAGAGGAAGCCUUUAACGCUAUCAAAGAAAGAUUGGUCACAGCUCCAAUUCUCACCUCUCCGAACUUCGAUCAAGAAUUUCAGAUACAGACAGACGCGAGCGAUGUCGCGGUGGCUGGGGUUUUGACGCAAACGCAGGAGGGCGAGGAGAAGGUAGUGGCUUACUUCUCACACAAGUUGUCUUCCGCCCAAAAGAACUACCACGCCUGCGAAAAGGAAGCCCUAGCUGCCCUGCUGUCAAUCGAAGCUUUCCGAGGAUACGUUGAGGGGUCUCAUUUCCAACUUAUAACCGAUUCAUCAGCCUUGACCCACUUGAUGACCGCAAAGUGGAAGACAGCAUCGCGGUGCAGUAGGUGGUGUUUGCAAUUGCAACAGUAUAACAUGACGAUAGUUCACCGGAAGGGAAAAGAAAACACUGUCCCCGAUGCUCUCUCCCGCAGCGUCCUGGCGGUGACUAAAGCUUCGGCCGACGACUGGUACGAUGAGGUCGUAGCUAAAAUAGUCGACAAUCCUGAUGAUUAUGUAGACUUCCGCUUGGAACAUGACGUCCUUUUUAAAUAUGUUGCGGGGAAGGAGGAACCACGGGACACCCAAUACGAUUGGAAGAAAGUCCCACCUCCACACGAGAGGCCACAAAUCAUUCAGGAUGGCCACGACAACGCGAUGCACUUAGGAUUUGAAAAAACUCUUUCGCGUAUAAGACAGCAUUAUUUCUGGCCGAAAAUGACUUCGGAAAUACGAAACCACGUUUCUCGCUGCACAGUUUGCAAAGAAUCCAAAGCACCAAACAUAGCUUGCGCUCCUCAGAUGGGCGAGCGAAGGCUUACCAGACAUCCCUGGCAAAUAAUUGCCUUGGAUUUUAUCGGUCCCCUCCCGAGGAGCCGAAAACAGAAUCAGUAUAUUCUGUCGUUUAAAGCCCUCUUGGAUAAGUUCGGAGUACGACAUUGGCUGAACGCAAAGUAUCACUCUCAGGCGAACCCUGUAGAGCGGUUGAAUCGUACAGUCAAUGCCGCAAUCCGAACUUAUGCUAGGCAGGACCAGAGACUCUGGGACACGAAGCUGGCAGAGAUAGAAACAGUUUUGAAUUCCACUGUACACUCCGCCACUGAAGUAAGUCCUUUCUUGGCCACUCAUGGUUACGAAAUUCGAUUAAAUGGUUCAGAGCACGAUUCGUUGCUGAACACCGAUCAAGAAACGCAACUUGAAACCCGUCGUCAGGAACUGUUCGAUAAAAUAAAUGAUCUGGUGAAGCGCAACCUUGAAAAAGCACAUGAAGAAUCAAAAAAACGGUACACACUUCGUCACCGAAGGUUUGCUCCCAACUUCAAAGUAGGUCAAAUGGUUUAUCACAAAAACAUGAAACCGUCCUGCGCACUCGAACAUUACAACGCGAAGUAUGGGCCCCAGUAUUUGCCUGCUAAAAUAACCGCGAAAAAGGGCUCUUCGUCGUACGAAAUCCAGACUUUAGAGGGGAAGGCCUUGGGGGUUUGGCCAGCUGAACACCUUAGACCAGCAUAG